UCCGUGUAUUUACUAUACCAUGUGUUUGCGCAGUUCUUUUAUAUUGUUUAGUAAAUGUUAAAGAACGAUCGAGACUGACGUUCACAGCGCUUUAAAUUUUUAAAGUGAAUGCUUUCUUAAUAAUCAAUAAAGAUAGCGCUAGCAAACUAGAGGCAACUGGCUCGAGGUGUGUUUAAAGUGAACGGAUUGAACAACAAAGUAAAAACCUUGUCAGGAUAUCUUCUCCAAGCAUACAGACUAUUUGUUGAGGUUAUUCGUGUUUAUUUUUGUUUACUGACUUAUGAGCGGAUUUUUGGAGCCCGAUAGCCACUAAAAAGUCAAGGUCAAGUUAACGUUUGUUUAACGCUAGAAUGGCGAAAGCUGAAAUAAAUAACGAGAUUGUUCUUCUGCGACAUACAGUUCGUCAGGCACGAUUGUGUGUGAUAAACAAGUUGAUCAAAGAAGCUAGACGUUUACGGAACAAGCAUGGGAAUGAAAUACAACAAGAGAAAUACAAGAAAAAAGCGGAUAAACUUAUUGAUGAGAUCCAAACGUUAAAAAGAAUUAAAGACGACGAUAUUUCCAAGUUUGGAAUCAUAAAUGAGAGAGAGCUUGCUGAAAUAUUGCAAGAUCCCACAUCAACUAAUGAUAUUCGUAUUAAAGCAAGAGUCACAUAUUACAAAACUUUACACAAGAGGUUGACACAAUUUAAAGAUAAGUAUCCAGAUUGUAAAAAGUAUGUGAUGGAAAAAGAAGAAAAGAAGAAAUCUACAAAAUUAAGAACUAAUAAUGUUGCAAAAACUAAACACUCUUCAAAAGAAAAUAAUUCUGUCGCUCAUAAUAAAACUCCAAGGAAGCAGACGGUUAAUUCUGAUCAAAGUACUGAAGAACGUUCGCAAAAUGAUUCCAGAGGCGAGAAGGCAUGCGAGACUGCAUCAAAGGAAGUAAGAAAUAAAGAGAAUUCACAUAAAAAACGCAAGAAAUCAACAAGCGACGAAAGUAUGUCUUCAAAUGAAGGAAAGGUGCAAAAGUUAGAAAAAGAAGAUGAGUUACAGGAGAGUGUUGUAGACAAGCAGCCGAAUGUUAAUACAAUUAAAUCAAGUGUUACAAUUAAACCAUGUAGCAUUACGAAGGAAGGUACUGUAAAGAGAUUUACAGAGCUCUUAGAAGAGCAAGAAACGCACAAACAAGAGAAAGAAGACGCGCAAACGUGUGCUGAAAGCCCAGAAGUCAACACAACUGAACGAGCACAAGUAGUAGAUGACUUUUUUGUUACGGAAGAUAAUGAAAAUUACAAAACAAACAAUAGAGUCUCCAUACAACAAGAAAAAAGUCACAAAUAUAAUACAAGAACCAAAGCAUUUCAGUCGAAUAAUCGUACAAACAAACAAGACAAAAAUGAUACAAAUUUCGAUAAAAAGUAUUCUGAUAAACAGUCUUCCGGGAAAAAAAAGAAAACAAUAACCAUGAAAUUAAAGAAAAUAAGUAACGAGACUAACAAAGGCACAAACAAAAACAACUCAACUAAUGCCACUGACAAAGAAGAAGAUGCAAAUUUGCAUCCUUCUUGGCUGGCUAAAAUGAAGGAGCGGGAGAUGUUGAAGCAAGGAUUUCAAGGGAAAAAGAUUAAAUUUACAGAUGAUUAAAUUCUUCUAUAAUAUGCAUACACACCAAUUUUGGCAAAAUGGUUAAAGUUUUUUGCAUUGCAAAUCACGAUUAUGCAUUGUUCAUACGUAUUGUAGUGACAAAAAUACAUACAUAUGUACAUGUUUUUUUUUCCAAUGAUAUUAUUAAUGUAAAUACCAUAUUUGAAAUAUGAAUAUCACUUUGCGAUUCGCGGACAACAGAAGAAUCGUCGUCGGACACAAAAGUGUCAGUUAUGUAUCUAUUUCUGUUUUUAUAAACAGUUUGUAAUUUUGUUUAAACUGCGAUUAAGAUAUUAAUUUUAAGCUCUUAUAAUAUCUAACCAACACAGAGUUUACAGUCAAUGUGAUCCGGUGCUUUUUUUUUGCAAUGGAGUUUUUACAUUUUAUAAGGAAGCUAAUUAUAUACGAGAUGCAAAUCAAACACAUCUUAGAAUUUUUAAAUUGAUCUCCAAUUCGGAUUUCUACGUAGUAAUUUACACGUUUGAAAAUAUAUCUUGCAUGUUGAUUCACUCAUUGACCGUAAACUCUCUACUAGCAAGAUAUCAAUUGUGUUAUUCUCAUGUGUUUAUUGUAAGAGAUGUGUAAUAAAGACAAAUGUGCGUAGUAAUUUA